AUGAAGCGCCAUCGACAGCCCAACUCAACUGCUUAUCAGAAACCCACCUUGGUGCUCAAACAAGUUUCGUCAUCCCAGGAUUCAUUAUUUUUCGAAAGGAUCACCAGCGGAAUUCCAAUACUGGCUGCUGCAAGACAGGAAUUGGACCCUAAAGAAUUGACGCUUCCUAUAUUCGACGGCAUCGAUGCAAUAGGAAUACAAAUCCGCAGUUGCGUGGGUGUAAUUUCCGUUGUCUCGCUGUACAUUCAUCCCAACAUCAGUGUUUCACAAGUGCAAAUCGAGGGUUUUUUAAGAAGUGUUCCUCAACCGUGUAUAGUGCUUUACUUUUACUAUAACAAGAAUGGAAGAAAAUACGCGGCACGCAAGGCAUGCAACAUGAUCUCUGAUGUUUGGAAAACCUUUGGCAUUCCAACUCGACGAUCAGAUUAUCCCCUGAAGAUGUUGUUGCAGCUCCAUGAUAAAUGGAUUGCCUUGAGGAAGAGCAAAUGGAGAGAUGAAGAAGUUCAUAUUCAACAACGGACAAAUUUUGAUUUGAUUUUGAAUGAACUGUUCGAUAUUGGCCAGAAGGGCAAUUCAGUUCAUACUGCGGCUGUGAACAAUGUUCCAGAUAAACCAGCCGUUUUUAAUAAUUCUACAUUCGAGAGGAAUUUUGACAUGAGCUAUUUGGACAACAUAGAUACGGACCCGGAUUUUGAACCCCCGGAAAAGAAAAAAAUGAAAACAUGCGUAAGUCAAGAUUUAAGUAUGGCACUCGAUCGCGGUGGCAUUUCGAACGCGAAAGCAACAAUGAUUAUUGCGGCGACGGCUUCUAGUCUAGGCCAUCCGAUUGAAGAAUUGAAUCUCUCUGUUUCGACCAUUAGACGUGCUCGAAUGAAAAUUCGCAAAUGUGUUGCAAAUGAGAUGAAAGCAAGCUUCUCGUCAGACGAUUAUUGGGUUGUGCAUUGGGAUGGGAAGCUUUUACCGGAUUUGACCGACGGUGGAUCAGGCCAGUUAGUUGACCGUCUUCCCGUAAUUAUUUCUGGAAAAGUAACAGAACAGCUGCUUGGAGCACCCAAGAUAGAAACUGGAACUGGAGCAUCACAAGCAGAAGCCGUGUACAAGUGUUUAGUGGAUUGGAGUGUGCAAGGCAAUGUGGAUGCAUCUCUGCCCUGCAGUAUUGACAUUCAAACAGCAUACGAUAAUGUACACAUAGCCUUCUUCGUGGGCCAAAAGAGAAACAUCGGAAUUACUGAUUGCCUCAUCAAAUCCGUUUAUAAUCUGUUCAAAGAACGUCGCCUGACGAUCAAUCUAGGAAGCAAUCUUGUAGUCAAACGUACAAAGUGGAAAGGUCUGCCGCAAGCAUCACCGCUAAGUCCAAUGUGCUUCAAUCGUCUAAUUCAUAGGCUUUUUCGGUCGUCGGACAAUACCGUUAUACUGGAGGAUUUCGCAGAUGAUAUAACAUAUAUCUAA